CGAUCCAUUUGUUCUUACCUUGCGACCCAAUGUUCAUCUGGAAAACAUAUGUCAGCCCUCAUUCGGGAACGAACGUAGAGAAUGUAUGAUAAUUCGAUAGUGAGUGGGUGCUAGCAGUCUCGUGGGUAUUAGCAAUCUCGCAGUUGCUAGAAAUUCACGGCAAGUCUUAUCCAUGGGCCUUGAUCUGGUCUAAUUAUUGAAUCCUGCCCGUUCCUGAGUCUCGGAGUAGCACCCUCAGGCCAUGAGUGUGUGACUUUGCUCUGAAUACGAGGUUUACAAUUGCAAUCCCCUCGGCGAAUGCAAUUGGAAGGGCAAGAAUGAUGCAUUCUGACUGUCAAUCUGCUGCAGCCAUGGCUUCCCAGGGAUCUCGUCUGCGCUAGCCGUGGGCAUCAUUAGUUUCAUCCUCGGCUCGUUACCCACGACGUCUACCGCUGGAUUCGUGAGCGAUGGGGUAGGCGGGCGACGGCCGUUCGAGUAUGUCGUCCUUCAGGACUGGGAGACUCUGCAGCGUCAGGAAGGAUGCGCAGCGAUGGGCGUCUCCCAGAUCGUCAAUUCUCCGAACAAGAUGUACAGCUUCGCACAAGCUAUCUUGUGCCCGGAUCGAGAAUUAUCUCCGUGGAAUAUCAGCUUCGUGUUCGGAGCGUCGAACAAUCCAAUGUCGCUAGACUUCCCUCCUCAGGGCUGGACGUGGACAGGUACAGGUCCAAGACUCUGGGAAUCUCGUCCUCGUCCACGAAGAUGGCAAGUCUGUCGUCUGGAAGGCUCAAGACAUUCCCGUGCUGCCUCUGCUGCCGCUCAGUGAAGCUGCAAAUUCGAAAACCGGAUAUCUGAGGACUGCAAUGUCGGCCGUUCUAGUCGCUCACGUGCUUCCGCUCCUCAUUAGCUGUUUAUGAUCCUGACAUACUUUUCCAGAGUUUGGACAUUCCAGGUUUCUGAAAGGAAGCGCAGGUUGUUAACCGAAAUCACCGAACCUCUGAGUAGAUUCGUCUCAGUCACUCACUGAGCUUGACUGAUACUGCAUUUCUGAGAUUGCAUUUGGAAUCUGUUCCGCUAGAUCUAGAAGGCCAAUGUGUACGGGGAGGAGGUUUGAAUUUGCUUACCUCCCGAAAGGGAUCAAUAUAAUUUAGACUUCAUCCG